AUGUCUUCGAUGUUCGAUCCCAACGAUCUCGACGAGGUCAUUAGUCCGGACGACGUCGAUGUGGAGGACUUCGUCCUGUCUCUCACAUUCGAAUGUCUCCAGGACACUCCCAAGUCGAUGAAGAACCCGCUUUACUCGACCAAGAUCAAGAGAUACACCGAUAUCCAGCAGAUCACGUCUGACAUCGAGCUGAUGUUCCCCUCGGAUCUUGGCGAAACGCUCAAGUCAGGCACCGACGAAGAAAAAGGCGGCAAGAAUCGACUUAAAUCCUACGAUGACCUGACUGCCUUACCUACGCUGGUCAAGAAAGCUCUUGCCGAUGGCUACGUUAUUGCCCACAAAGGCCUACUUGCGUGGACAACUACUCUUCCCCGCGCGGGCAUCGUUCCUAUGACUCGUUUGCUCUUCCUGGCCCUUGAAGCAACCUUCUCCUACAACUUCUGGGCUAUGCGUGCCUACAAGGCGGAUUAUGGCAUGGGCCAUAUGUGCCUGUGGUCUAGAUCCGACCUGGAGUAUGACGGACUCUGCACUCACUGUUGCUUGUACGAGGGCGUACGUAGGGACUUCGACCUCACCGAUGAGCAGCUGGAAGAGAUUGCAAUCUUGGUUGGCAGGAACCAUAGAGAAAAGGCCGCUGUCAGAACCCACAACUGGAACGUCGCUUUCAAGCAGCGUGAUCCCGACGGUUACCGUGCUUGGACCGCAGCGAACAGCUCAAAGUAUCACUUCACGCAGAUGGCCACCAACCACGAAGAAUACACCGCCAAAAGCGCCAACUACCGGCGCGAGUUCUUUGCCGCCCACCCUGAAAAGCUCGAGGAGAAGAACCAGACUUGGGGUCGUUUGAGAGACGCCGUUUACGACGACGCUCGCGCGAACAAGUCUUACUUCUGCGUUGAGUGCAACCUUCCUUGUCGCGAUGCUAAACACUUCUCCACCCACGUCAAGACUCGUGCGCACGAGCGGGCCGUCAAUGCCGACCGUACCAGUCCGUUGUGGUGUGGCUUCUGCUUCAUGCUGUGUGUGUCGAUGCAUGGUCUCGAGUACUCUCACCUCGUGUCGCAGCGUCAUCUCGACAAUGUCGUCAAGUUCGACGCUGCUCAAGCCGUCGAGGCUUACGAUGCUGCCGAGCUCGAGGCCUACGAACUCGCUGAGGCCGAGCAUGAUGGUGACCUUGAGGCGGACGACAUGGACCUCAUGGAGUUUGAGUUUCACGACGUCGCGUUUAACGACCAUGGUGUGAUUGUUCUCGGAAGCGGAGUUUACAGAAUCGGAUCCUCGGUCGAGUUCGAUUGGUGUGCAGUCAACGCUACUCUCUCCCUCAAGGAGCAGGGCAAGAAGACCGUGAUGAUCAACUACAACCCAGACUUCGAUGUUGCCGACAAGCUCUACUUUGAAGAACUCUCUUACGAACGUAACAUGGCUCUCAAGCUCCAGGAAAGUGGCAAGGCCAAGGUUCUCGGUACCGACCCUAAGGACAUUGACAAGGCCGAAGACCGUAAACAAUUCUCUGCCAUUCUCGACUCUAUUGGUGUUGACCAGCCUGCCUGGAGCGAACUUACUUCUUACGCUGAAGCCCAGCAAUUCGCCAACAAAGUCGGUUACCCUGUUCUCGUUAGACCCUCUUACGUCCUGUCCGGUGCUGCCAUGACCGUCAUCCGCUCCGAGGCCGAACUCGAGGAGAAGCUCAACGCCGCCGCCGAAGUCAGCCCUGACCACCCCGUCGUUAUCACUCAGUUCAUCGAAGGCGCUCGCGAAAUCGAUGUUGAUGCUGUCGCUCACGACGGUAAGGUCCUUGUCCACGCUGUCAGUGAGCACAUCGAAAACGCUGGUGUCCACUCUGGUGAUGCUUCUCUUGUUCUCCCUCCUGCCAAGCUCUCCGAGGAUACCAUCAAGCGCGUCAAGGUCAUUGCCGACAAGGUUGCCAAGGCCUGGAAGAUCACCGGUCCCUUCAACAUGCAAAUCAUCGACGCCGACAGCCCUAACGGUGGUGAAUCUUCCCUCAAGGUCAUCGAGUGCAACCUCCGUGCUUCCCGUUCAUUCCCCUUCGUUUCCAAGGUCCUCGGUACCAACUUCAUCGAUGUUGCUACCCGCGCUCUUACCAGCACCAACGUUCCCGAGCCUGUCGACCUUAUGUCCGAGAAGCGUGACUACCUCGCUGUCAAGGUUCCUCAGUUCUCUUGGACUCGUCUUGCAGGUGCCGACCCCUACCUUGGUGUCGAGAUGUCUUCCACUGGUGAGAUGGCUUGCUUCGGUACCGACCUUGUUGAGGCCUACUGGACUGCUGCUCAAUCUAUGAUGAACUUCCGCUGCCCCCAGCCUGGUGAGGGUCUUCUCUUCGGUGGAGACAUCACCAACCCCGAUCUUGCCAAGAUUGUCGACUACGUCAAUCCUCUCGGUUACAAGCUCUUCGCCGCCAACGAGUCUGUCAAGAACCACCUUGAACAGAACUCCAAGGACGGCAGUGUCAAGGUCGAGGUCAUCGAAUUCCCCAAGGAAGACAAGCGCGCUCUCCGUGAGGUCUUUGAAAAGUACGAUAUCCGUGGUGUCUUCAACUUAGCCAAGGUCCGUGCCAGCAGUCUUGUUGACGAGGACUACGUUAUGCGCCGUAACGCUGUCGACUUUGGUGUCCCUCUCUUCAUGGAGUCCAAGACUGCCGUUCUCUUCGCUCAGUGCAUGAGCGAGAAGCUUCCCAAGCCUGAGGGCAUUCCCUCUGAGGUUCGCCCUUGGGCCGACUUCAUUGGCGGUCGUCCCCUGUAA